AUGGUUGAACAAGGAAAUCCUUUCACUUCCAUGGUGUCAUGCAAAUGGUUGGUUGUCAUCGGCAUUUUGACUAUCGCCAUCUCUCUGGUUGCCGGCAUCAUUUUGGGUGUUAUCGCCGUCCAUUUCAGUAAUGCUACUGCAGCUAAAGAUUCGGCUUCAACGGCGGACGCGGGAGGUAUUAUGGCGUCAGCCGGAGCUCAGCAGAUGGAUUCAAACACAACAGUUUUCUCUUCCAUCAGCCCCACUUUUAACCCCAUGUUAUCAACGGAGAAGCAUAAUGAAAGAGACGUAACAGACAUAUCGCCAGAAGCAAUAACAGAGCCUACUUACAGUAUUUCACCAAAUACUACCACACCAAAUACUCCUGCCACGACUAGUGCCACGACUCCUGCCACGACUCCUGCCACGACUCCUGCUACGACUCCUGCUACGACUCCUGCUACGACUCCUGCUACGACUCCUGCUACGACUCCUGCUACGACUCCUGCUACGACUCCUGCUACGACUCCUGCUACGACUCCUGCUACGGCGCCUGUCACAACUACUGCUAAGACCGCAACAACAAGUCCCACGACUAGCUCUACAAUGGGGCGACCACUAUGA